CAUGAACGCAAGUCCAAUUAAUCCACUAUCCAAUCCAAAAGGAUUAAAGCUCGAUUGUGAACUAUGCGGGAAGCCAGCGUACUUGCGAUGUGAAGGGUGUCGAGUCACAUUUUACUGUGAUAAGGAGCAUCAAUUGACCGAUUUCAAGGGGAUUCAUGAAAAGAUUUGUGGAUUGCUUAUUCCAUUACGUACACCCGUUGCCGUUCUUGGAUCCGAAGAAGAACGCGCGCAUCGAUCGCACCAAACCCUGCACCGCCAACAACAGCUGCUAGAGUUGACGAAAACAGAGGCCCACAAAAAAUUGUUUGAGGGGAAAUAUAACCUUGCCAUCCCGGCUGCUCUCCAGGCUCUUCGCUUCUCCAUUGCAAUUCAUGGACCCGAUGCCAUUGAACUGGUUCCGUCGUAUUUGCUUUUGGGCGAGGCGAGUAUUGGGUUGAAUCAGACCAAGCAGGCGGAGGAUUAUCUGUCGUUGGCUAAAUGGGCGGUGAUGAGGUGUGGGGAGGUGGAUUUGGAGGUCAAAGCGCAGUUGCAUCGAAAUUUUGGGUUAUUGUUCAAGGCAAAGGAAAUGGCAGAAGAAGCUAUAGAGGAAGUUGCUUUGGAUAUAUAUUACUCGUCCCUCAAAUCCGGCAACCCUGAACACAUCUCUGUCGCAGGCGGAUACUACCAUCUUGGCACUCUUUUCCAAUCACUCAACCGCUUCGACGAUACAACAAGCAUUUACGAUCGCAUCAUCCAUAUUUACAAAACAUAUCUCGGCACGUCCGAGGCACUGAACGAAGCACAGCAGGCGGAAGCUGUACAGAUUCUAAAGAGCGCUUUGGCCUACCGUCAGAAUUACGUGUCGUCUCCAAUAUCUGCCGCAGAAGCGUUGUGGGUUUUCGCGUUACUGUGGAGGAAAGUCGGGUCAAAUGAGAAGGCGAGGGAGUUUGCUGGAAAGGCUCUUGAAGCGUACGAGGCAGCACUGGGCCGCGAGCAUUCCAUCUCGAUUGAAAUCCGUGCGUUUUUAAAGACCAUGGUGGGGGAUUCGGGAGCAAGCAAUAGACUAGUAGGAAACAGAAAGAGCAGUAACGCGUAAAAAGACUUCACACCAAAAGUCCAUUGUGAAAGAAAUGAUAUAUUUAUUAUAACUAUAGUGGCAGAAACAGAUAUCACACAUGCUCCUCA